AUGGUGCCAGUUCCAGAAGACCUCCCAGAAAUGGAAUACAGAUACCUAGGCCCUUCCGGUCUUCAGGUAUCUGCCAUCUCUCUCGGUGGCUGGCUGACAUAUGGUGGUCACGUUGAAAAUGAAAACACAUUUGCAUGCAUGAAAGCCGCCUAUGAUGCUGGAAUCAAUUUCUUUGAUUGCGCCGAGGGUUACGCAGGUGGAGAGUCCGAAAGGGUGAUGGGUGAAGCCAUCAAGAAAUUUGGCUGGAAAAGAAAUGAUCUGGUUAUCUCGACCAAAAUAUACUGGGGUCAAGCUAACGGCGAGAAACUCGCCAACAACCUUGGUCUCUCCCGUAAACGUAUCAUUGAAGGUACCCAUCUCGCUCUCGAACGUCUUCAACUCGACUAUGUAGACCUCAUCUAUGCCCACCGACCCGACCGCGCUUGUCCGAUGGAAGAAACCGUCCGAGCAUUCAACCAUCUCAUCAACACCGGUAAAGCAUUCUACUGGGGAACCUCCGAAUGGACCGCCGCCGAGAUCGCCUCCGCCCACGCCGUCGCCCAGCGCCUCAACCUCAUCGCCCCCUUAAUGGAACAGCCCCAAUACAACCUCCUGUCCCGUCAAAAAGUCGAAGGUGAAUUCCUCCCUCUAUACAACCAAUUUGGCCUCGGCCUAACCACCUUCUCCCCCCUCAAAUUCGGCUUCCUAACCGGAAAAUACAACUCCGGCAUCCCCUCUGAUUCCCGUCUCGGCACCUCCCAAGACAACUUCGCCGCACGCAUGAAAGCCAAAAGCGGCGACGAUUCCUGGCGAGCAGACAUUGCCGCCGUGGAAAAACUCAUGCCCGUCGCGGAGAAAUUGGGUAUUUCCAUGGCAAACUUAGCCAUGAGUUGGGUGUUGAAGAAUGAGAAUGUCAGUAGUGCGAUUACCGGGGCUAGUAAACCAGAGCAAGUAUUCGAGAGUGUCAGAGCCUUGAAGAUUAGAGAGAAAUUGACUCCGGAAAUUAUGAAUGAGAUUGAUGAGAUUUUGGGGAAUAAACCUGAGCCGUUGCAGAAGAGGUAA